CGGCGCCGCGGCCACAGAGCGCCCGCCCGGCGCCUGCCCGGGGACGGCGGCCGGCCCAGGGACCCGGUGCCGGAGGAGCACGAUGCUAUGCCCGACCCGGCCCUCUUCCUCUACACGUCGCGGCCCCGCGCCCCGCAGCGCCUGUCCCCGGAGCCCCCCGAGCCCCCCGCCCAGCCCCGCGGCCCGGCCGGCAGCGCCCGGGGGCAGCGGCCGCCCCGGCAGCCCCUGCAGGACCCGGCGGCCAGGGCCAGGUCGGCCAAGGGUGAGCCCGGAAAGAGGCAGGGGGCCGGUGCCCACGGUGCCCCCCGGGCCCAGGAAUAGGCCCAGGAAUAGGGGACAGCGUGGCCCGACCGGCCGGGAAGGCCUGAGCCUGGCAGCACCGGGGCGGGCGCCGGCCAAGGUUCUUUUCCCCAUCCCCUCGGGGGGGAAAGGGGCAGCAGAAAGCGGCCGCCCUGCAUGCACCUCCCACCCACAGGACAGCGGGGGGACUCCUCUGCCCGAAGGGUCUGAGCCGAGGGUGGCACCGGCAAAGCUGCAGGACAGGGGAGCACCCACCACCUGGGCUGUGGAGGGGACAUGGUCCAGCACCUGUCCAGAGCUUCCAAGGAAAGAAGGAGAGAGAGAAAGAAAAGGAGAAAGAGAGAGAGAAAGAGAAGAAAGAAAGAAAAGA